AUGGUAAAUCUAGAUGAAUUACCAGGUGGAAAGCGUAAACGUCUGAAACCAGGAAAGGUUUCUCCCCAUCGACCUGUUCCAGAUUACAUACCAAGGCCUUCUUAUGUCAAAUCUCGAAAGCCACCUGGAAUUGCUAGUGGUCCUGAAGUGCAUGAUAUGAAGGGGAUAGAUUGCAUGAGAGCUUCGGGAAGGCUCGCUGCACAAGUUCUGGAAUAUGCAGGGACUUUGGUCAAGCCAGGCAUACCAACAGAUGCAAUUGAUGAAGCAGUUCACCAAAUGAUUAUUGACAAUGGAGCUUAUCCUUCACCUCUUGGUUAUGGUGGAUUUCCAAAAAGUGUCUGCACAUCGGUGAAUGAAUGUAUUUGCCAUGGAAUUCCAGAUUCCCGUGCACUUGAGGAUGGUGAUAUUAUCAAUAUUGAUGUCACCGUUUAUUUAAAUGUAAGCGGUUCUGUCCCUUCAAUGGCGAUAUCCUUGUCAGCACCCAUCUGCAUAAGCAGUGUGGCAUUGGGUUCUGUGUCCUCUUUGCCACAUGACGAUGUCCUGUCAACUUUGUUACUGAAUUCUUCAAACCAUGGUUCAACAGAUUCCCUUGAGCUCGCAUAUUUCCUAUGA